CUUCCUACGCGAGCCGCGCCUGGGACGGGGCUGGCUGACUUCAGCCCAGGAAAGAAAACAUCAUGUAAAAGAAGAUUUAAACACAUCAAGUGCGAUCUCCCUGUUAUAUUAACUCCCGGUGAGUUGCGCGUCUUCUGCUGAGAGCGAGGAAGGAGUGGAGAAGCCAGGGACCUGACAGUGUGGAUCUCGCGAAAGACCGUGGCAGACAGUUAUACCAUGCAGGUGAAUGAUGGCCCCAGCAGUCUCCCCAUUUUCGUGGCUCCUGUCAAUGGAAAUGCUCAGCGGUCAUCAGGAUACGUUCCAGGCAGGAUUGUUCCAGUUCGUUCUCCACCCCCAACCAAGGCUCCCCCACAGCCCUCACUGAAGUCCCAGGCCACGCCCCCUGCACGGCCUUUGGUUUUUAAUCUGUCAGAAGAUGAGAGCAGAAGAGAACGUGCCCAGAACCGACAGAGGAAGAACACUUACAUCUGUGUUGGCGUCUUCUUCGGGCUUUUCUUCCUGGUUCUCAUACUCAUCCUCGGUCUUACCUCCAAAGAUGUUUUGGAUGAGAACUGCCCCCAUCACAAUCCUGCACUGCAGUCCUGGAAGCCAGGUCAUGAUCUCAACAAGGUAGUGGUGGUACAUAGUGGUCAGCAUUUUUGCCUUGCAUCAUCUGCCACUUUGCACUCUAUCACCAUCAAGUCUGGAGGUUCCAUUGUCUUUGCGGAUGAUAAUGCUGGCUCCAAAAAUCUUACGUUACGGACACGUCACAUUUUGAUCGAAGAUGGUGGCGCUCUUCAUAUCGGUGCUCCAAAAUGCCGCUACCGCUCCCUGGCCACCAUCACUCUGGUUGGCCGAUCUGACGAAACCUCUGUCACAGAGGUUCCCGGGAUGGGGCGCAAAUUUUUAGGCGUGCAUGGCGGAGGAACUUUGGAGCUUCAUGGGUCAGAGAGGCUAUCUUGGACCCUCCUCACUCGCACUGUUCCCUCUUCAGGUUUGGCUACAGGUGGCCAUGCCUUCCACAGGAACUUUAGUCGUGGGAUUAACCUGAGGGUGGUUGACCAGGAUACGUCAGAAGUGCUGAUUACCGAUCGCUUUGAUACACAUGAUUCUCGCAACGAUAGCAAGCGGCUGAGUAAACUGCUGACGGAUUUGCCACCAGGACGCAUUGUUGCUCUUGCCAUCGGAGAUUCAGCAGUUAAGAGCCUGUUGGAUGACACCAAGAGAACCAUUCAGGAUUGUCUUGGAAGCACUCAUGUCAGUGACCUCAAAUACAGGCAGGCCUGGGCCUUGGUCUCUGUGAUUGGAGGAGGAAAUGGUUCUUGUACUGAGGACGUACGAGAACACGAGAACCAUGACACAGGUGGCAAGGCACUGGCUCGCCGUGACUUCAUUACUGCAGAUGGUGUUCGUUUUAUGGUCACUGCGUAUAGCGAGUGGCGAAAUGGUUACCCCACAUCAGGCUUCUUAGUGGAUGCAACAGAUAAAGUGGUUCUGAACCUUCUAGAUUAUGACAGCAGCUGGAAACCGGGUGAUAGGGUUGUGGUGGCCAGCACAGAUUAUUCCAUGCAUCAGGCUGAAGAGUUUACCCUGCUCCCUUGUCCGCACUGUAAUAGGAAACAGGUCCGAAUUCAAGGAAAGCCGCAGUUCACCCACAUAGGAGAGAUAGUGGACGGCGUGGACAUGCGUGCAGAGGUGGCACUGCUCUCAAGGAAUAUCCUCAUUCACGGAGAAAUGGAAAAGGCCUGCUACGGAAAAAACUGGUGCCAGUAUUUCAGCCACGACACAUUUGGGGGACACAUCAAGAUUUUAGGAAACCUCUCUUCAGUGCACCUGUCUCAUAUAGAGUUGAAGCACAUGGGUCAGCAGCGGGAAAAGGGCAGAUACCCUGUGAACUUUCAUAGGUGUGGAGAUGUGGACCAGCGUGGAGGCGACAGUAACCCUUCAUACGUGGACUCAUUGUCCAUCCAUCACUCCUUCUCUCGAUGUGUCGGUAUACAUGCCACCAAUGGCCUGCUGGUAAGGGACACGGUUGGCUAUGAUACUCUGGGACAUUGUUUUUUCCUGGAGGACGGGAUUGAACAACGGAACAUAUUUUUCCAUAACCUGGGCUUGUUGACCAGGCCAGGAACCAUUCUACCUACUGACCGCAAUGAUAGCAUGUGUACUGAAAUUAGCGAAAGAGUACACAAAGGCUAUGUGCCGUCUCCUGCAACUGAGUGCAAGGCGGUGUCUACAUUCUGGAUCUCGCACCCCAAUAAUCAUCUAAUCAGUAACUCGGCAGCUGGCUCACAGGAUGCAGGAAUCUGGUAUAUUUUUCAUAAUUCCUCUACGGGUGAUUCUCAUGGGCUGGUACCAGAGACUAAAGCUGAGCUCACACCUCUGGGCGUCGUCUUUAACAACCGUGUUCAUUCCAACUUUAAGGCUGGCCUCUUUAUCGACAGAAAAGUCAAAAGCACCAAUGCCACUGCAGCGGACCCCCGUGAAUACCUCUGUUUGGACAACAGCGCCAGGUUCAGGCCUCAUGAGAACGCUGAUCCAAACAGGCCACGGGUGGCCGCUCUCAUCGACACACUCAUCUCCUUUAAGAACAAUGAUCUUGGGGCCUGGAUCCGAGGAGGUGACAUCAUCAUACGAAACUCAGGUUUUGCAGACAACGGUGUAGGACUCUCAUUUGCAAGUGAUGGCAGCUACCCUAAAGAUGAGGGCUCCAGUCAGGAGGUAUCCCAGUCCCUGUUUGUCGGUGAGAGCAGAAAUCGUGGCACCAAUGGUGGGCAAAAUAAAUACUGGGGCAUUGGUGGUGUCGACGGGAAGAUGAGGACUCUACCCAGAAACAAGACAUUUCCGAUUCGAGGUUUUCAGAUAAAUGAUGGUCCAGUGAGGAUCUUAAACUGCACGUUCCGGGCCUUCAGCACCACGACAGAACGCUUGACUACGGCUGUAGGGUUCAGCCUGAAAAAUAUUUGGCAGCUGUCGCCCAGAAAUAACCUGUCCUCUCUCGCCUUCCAGCCCCAUGUUACUCUGAGAGCAUUUUUUGGACGACCGGGCGAGUGGUUCGAGCAGAAUGACCUGGAUGGUGAUAAAAAUUCCAUCUUUCAUGACGUGGAUGGUUCUAUCAGCAAUUACAUAGACACAUACGUAGGGAGGGCUGAUAACUUCCUCAUCCGCCAUCCUCAAUGUGUGGACGUUCCUCGCUGGAAUGGGGUCGUAUGCAGUGGCAAGUACUCUCAGGUCUACAUACAGACGCAGGGCGCGUCUAACCUCAGCCUAACUAUCAGAAGAGAUGAGUACCAUGAUAGGCCUAUGGUGCUGAGGGGCAUCCGAAGCCAGACAUCACUUUCCCAACAAUACCAGCCUGUUCUGAUGAUGAGCAAGAGCUACACGGUUCACUGGAACGGUCCUGCUCCCAGAGAAACAGUCCUGUCGCUUAUUAAUUUUGACAAAGGUGACUGGGCUCUUCUCGGCCUCUGCUACCCCAAUGAAACAGUUUUCCAGAUCACGUCAGACAUCUACAACAAGCAGAACAAUGGCUUCGAGAGCAUAGAGGACUACGGCCCAGUGUCGUCUAUGGCAGACCUAGAGAAACGUCAGCUCGAGAGAAAGUACUUUUUCGACAAAUCUGUCGGUUUGUUAUGGCUGUACGCUCAAGCAAAGCACAGACGUGAUGGCCACAGCUACUGCUCCGUCGCAGGCUGCGAGAGAGUGAAGAUCAUAGCUACCAUACGUCCUGCCCAAAAAACACAAACCUGCAACUGCACCACCAAUGCCUACCCCAAAUACAGCAAGACUGCCAGCAUCAUAGUGCAUAUGCCAAAGCCAAACACAGAGCCCUGCAGAGCCUGUGGGGCCUCACGGUUGGUCUUCUCCAGCGAUCCGUGGAACAGCUACCUCCAAACUCAGAUCAAAUCCCUCAGCUUAAAAGAAGAACAGAGUAAUGACACGCAAGCUUUUAUUACUGUGAAUGCAGACCGAUUUGACCUCGAUCAGUCAGGGUUCCUUUUGAUUACUGUGGACGCAUGCUCUGGACGAGUCACAAAGAGCUCAUUAUUUGCCACGAUGGAUUCUAAGAUGGAACAGUAUUUGAAAACUGGAAUAACGAAGAGGUCGAUCGUUCUUAUCGCCACAAGAGGUCAGCCUGCUAACGUUGCUGGUAUUGCACAAUAUCUGGUCCUUUUGGGAUCUGUUAAAGUGCCAGAUCUACAGAACAAAGAGGCCAUUUCUGUUUUUGGGUUCCUCGGCAAGGGAGAUCCUUCGCCACAGCCAUGGGCUGCUGUGUUGGCAUGCCAGAGUGGGGAGACGCUGGGUUUACAGGAAAGGUUCAUUCCCCUGUCUCUGGAGGAAUACUCUUGUCCACCUCAAAAAGUCCCUCACACACGGUCGGAUGUAGAACUCCUGAGAAAAUCUCUAAGCCAACAGUGAGCCUUUACUGGAUGUGAACAAACAACACAAGCAACAAAUGAAUGUGAACUAAUGAACUUAAUUUAUUUUGGCAACGAAAAGGGUUAAUGGCGUCUGUGCAAGUAUUUUAAGGGGGUGAAUGUACUGUACCGUAUGUGUGUGUGUCUGUUUGUUUUUGUUGUGUGGUUGCAUAGUCAUAAAUGUUACAGCACAAAGUGAUGCACUUUCUUAAUACUGUACACAGCGAAACACAACUUUAUUCCAAACUAGAUAAAACCACAUCAGAAAACCUCACAACCUUCUGUUAGUAUACCUUUACAUCAAUGAAGCAUUGUCUUCAAUUUAUCGUAUAAACACACAGACUUUCUCUAUUUUAUUUAUUCCUCUUGAUUUACUGGGUUGUGCCAUUAAAAUGAAAAAUUAUUUUGGAAGGGGUUCUACAGUCAGGUCUUGUUCUCAGUAUUUAUGUUUUUACAUGAAGCAUUAACUACAAAUCAACUAUUUUUCAUAAAUAAUAGAUCAUUGUUUGUUAGUUAACCACUUAAGUUGGAUGUGUUUGCAAAUGACAAAUUACUUGCCAUUUAACAGGGGAUAUAACACCAAAGAUUGGUUUGGCAGAUAAAAAUAAUGUUUGUAAACUUUGCAGUGCUAUCACAGCUUGAGUGAUGUAACGUCCCAUAUGAAAUGUAACUUUUACAUAAUUAUUUGAGAUCGUGAAUUGUCUGGACAUGUCCUUGUAGAGGUAAAUUAGUUAGGCUAUUUUAACCACUGUGAAAUAGUUUGAGAAAAAGUUUUGUCGUCUUUCAGUGUUCCUUUAAUGUAUUUGUGUUAGGUCUUACACCGGUCUUUUUCUCUUUUGUUUUGUAAAAUGCAAAAUUCUCUUUUUUUAUUAGCUUUUGUGCUGUAAUUUGAUCAGAUAAGAUAUUACAAGACGUAUACAA